AUGAGUACCGUUGCCAUCUCUGCUACAUUAACACAUACAACUCCUAGCCUCGCGAAUAAGCAAAGCUGGCACUCGAGCAAUGAUCUCAGCGCGCGACGCUCCGUUCUACUGCAUAUUCUGAUGUUGCUCAAGUCCAAAUACGGCAAAAUCGAUUCCAAAAUUUCACUUAUUGGACGUCGAGCUGAGCUUGCUCUGUACAAUCAAGCGUUCUCAGUGUGGGAGUACCAUAACCCCCACACACUCGGUCGUCGAUUAUACUCACUUGUACUCAAGCUCCACUUGAACAACCUCACAAUCAUUGAAGACGCAGCUUUCACCAAUGAGAUGACCGACAGUGCGCUAUCUCGCAAGCGAAAACGUAGCUCGAAAGAGGAUUUUUCGACUAGAAAACAUAUUCAGUCGAGAAACAGCGCUCUGAUAACCAGCCCGCUCUUUUUUGACGGCAACCACGAUCUUCAGCGUCACGUGUGCUCAUUUUUGGAUGCUCGGGACGUGCUUCAGUGGGCAGCAACAUGUUCCGUAGCUGCUAUGCAGCUCCCAGCGCUUGUAACAACUAUUAACGUAACAACUGUGGCGAUGAUGAAAAUUUCUCCUUCCAUUCGUUCGAGCUUUUUCCGACGCUUUUCGAAUCUCGAAAAGUUUUUAUUAUCAGGUCAGGUACAAGCACAACAGUUAAACUACCAGGACGAAGAGAUUCUUGUUGCUCGCAAUGUGUUGGUUCGGAGUUUGCUUCAUGCUCUAGCCACAUCUCAAUUGCCAAAGCUUACUGAAUUUUCGCUCUCCUAUUGCUACUCUGAAGGGCUCGAGAGCCAUGUGACACGUCAGGUUGCAUCCGUGUUACUUGGUCCCUCGAGCAAUUUUCCACGACUACAAACGUUGUCUCUCAAGGGUAAUUGUAUCUCGGACGAUGGUGUCCUGGAUCUCUAUAAUGUCAUUGAAUUUUCAAGGCCUGGUAAAUCCUGUCUAGCUUUGUUGGAUCUUUCAGAUAAUUUUCUCGGUGAGCGCGGCCACAUUCUGAUGCAGGAGUUGGUGACGCGAUUUGAGAGGCGCGAAUCUUCUCUGGUUGUUAACGUAUUGAAUAAUCUUUUAGCGUCAGCAUGUAACGUUGACGAAGUAUCUGAGAGGCGUACUAGAUAA